AUGCGCUGGUCCAGCGUCAUUGUGGCCCUGGGAUCCAUUGCCAUUGCCACUGCCACCAGUGUCACUGCAGCUCCAUUGCCUGAGCUUCCGAGAUCAAACUCCACCCUGAACUUGACAUGUUUUGGUUGGCGCUUGAAACACCCAGAACUGAUCCUGUCAAGUUCAGGGGCCUACUUGCACGGCCUGCCUAUCAAUGAGAGUCAGCUGCAAAGCAUAAGACAUGUCACUGCAGAUCUGGUGGUGGUGGAUGACGUGACGCUGCAGCACCUGGGUCAGCUCAGCAACCUGCGGACGGUAGGUGGGAAUGUGGAGAUUCGCUACAAUUUGAAAUUGACCGACAUCUCGGGUCUUUCCAACCUCGAGGUAAUUGGAGGAUCUCUGAAUAUCCUCUUCAAUCACCAGCUCAGCGACUUACCUGGCUUCACCAAGCUAAAGGUCAUCGGAAAUUCCUUGCGGAUCACGCACAAUCACAAGCUUACGAGCAUCACAGGCUUCCCUGCUUUGGUGCGCAUUGGCCGAGAUUUUGGCCUCCGGGGCAACAGCCAGUUGCUGGUUGCACCCGAAAUGCCAAGUCUCCGGGCCAUUGAUGGCAACGUGGAGGUGAUCUUCAAUCCAGCCAUGCAUUCAGUGGACAACAUGGUCAUGGCUUUGGAAACGCUCCAGGGGAGGUUCAUGAUCAAGGACAACGACAAUCUGACAAACAUCACCAUACUGCCAAACAUCUCCAAGAUAGGCAACGCCUUUGAGUUGAGCUUCAAUGAUGGUAUCACCGAGGUGCAUGGUCUACCCAAGCUGGAUCAGCUCGGGGGGUUGACUAUCAAGAGCAAUCCUUCACUGCGGGUCGUGGGUGGCUUUGAGUAUUUACAGGUUCUGGAAUCAGCAAAUCGAGUUCCAGGAGCCUUUGAGGUGAUGUUUAACGGCGCCCUGGAAGACUUCCGUGUGCCUCAUUUGGUCAGCGUGGGCGACCUCACGGUGAUUGACAACGACCAGCUGCCAAUCGCACACUUCCCGCGGCUGCGCUCAGUGGCGGGUGACGUGCAGGUGUCCUACAAUGCGAAGCUGAGGAGUUUCAGUAGUCCAGGUGCCUCUUCGGUCGCGAGCCUAUCGGUUUUGGCCAACUUUGAGUUGACCCAGGUGACCAUGACGAAUUUGACGCGGGUGAAGGGUCCGAUGGCCAUCUCCUUCAACAAAGCCUUAGAGACGUUGUCGGACUUCGAUUCGCUGCAGCAGGUGUUGAACAACCUGGAGAUCAAGGGCAACCAACGGCUGAAGGAUGUUAGCACCUUCCAAAACUUGCAGUUGAUUGGUGGGAGCUUCCUUGUAGAGAAUAACACGUCCUUGGAGGAUAUGAGUGGCCUCUCUCAGGACUUGACAGUCGCAGGCAACAUGGAGAUAUCGAACAACGACAAGCUGCUGAAACUCAGCAGCCUUGAAACUCUACCAGUGGUAAGGGGCUUUGCAGUCCUUAGCAUCAACUGCACAGGGAACUCCGUGCGCCCGCCCGACAUUCCGGAGUGCGUGAGCUGCGCGUCCUGGGAGGUGCCAAAUUUGGAUCGUACCAGCUGCAAGCCCAACUACAUCUUCGUGCUGGUGGUCGGUUUCAUCUAUUUGUUGGCUUUCUGCCUUUCGGUGGCCCUCUGCAUGACCCUGAGGAAUGUCAUGGUUGUGGACGCCAUCAUCAUCUCAUUGAGUGGCUGUGUCCUCCUUCGUACCACUGAAAGGCAUUAUUUACUUCGUGGCUUCUGGGGAAGGCAUUUUCCAUUGUGGAUCCAGGGUACAGGCUGUGAUUUCCUGGACCGCGCGAAGAAACCCAUUCGUGCCAGAGCGGUAGGUGACAUCGAGUUGGAACUGCUGGUCCGCAUGGAUAAGAACGUUAGCGCACGCAGGACGCUGAGUUCGCUACCUCUGUCGGAGGUCUCCUUGCAACCGACCAUGGAUUCUGCGAUGGACUUCACCAAGACGGAUGGCUCCUGCAUGGUGAGUUGCCAGGGCUUUGCCGUGGUCAAAAGCCCAUGGGAGUUGCUCUCCGCCGGCCUGGGCCUUCCAUGUUUGGUAUGGGCGUUUAUCCUCGUUGUGGCCAUGUCUGCGAUGAUCUACUUAGGGGACUCCUCUGACAUCCCAGUACCGGACCUCCUUUUGAGCGCCCUCCAAAGCUUCGCGUGCGGCGCCCUGGCGGCGCUGCUGCUGCGUCUGCUGGCGGUGCUGCGGCGCCGCAGGCAGCGCAUGCAGCGCAGCUGGCAGCUGAGAGAACUGCAGCUGAUGGCGGAACUGGAGAAGGCCUCCUGGGAUGGCGAUGAGAAGGAGAUUGGUCGAGUCCAGAAGGAGUUGGCCAAGCGAGCUUGGACACAGCAGCGGCUGAACAGCCACAUGCAAGAACUGCAGUGCAGACAAAGUCAGGAGGCGGGCGUGAGUGUGGCAUACAUUUUGUCCAUGGAAUUUCUGCAGCUUUCGCAGAGCAGAAGUGGCAAAGAUGAUCCGAACUUCUAUGACUUAAAGGACGCCUUUCUCCUGCAGGGCCCAGAUCCCAUCGGCCGCGAGGAGUUUUGCCCACGGGACGGCCGGCCGGGCUGUGCCAUGGUGGACGUCCUGGAACGUGUGCAUCGAAGACAGUGUACCCACUUCCUUUCAUGGGCAUGGUGUUAUUCCGUGAGCCUGGUCCGAAGUGCCAUGCGCUCCUGGAUGGAUCAGAGCAAGUUGAUGCCAUCCAGUACAUUCCUGUACAUGUGUUUCUUUGUGAAUAACCAGUACCGGAUUCUCUUGGAUCAGCAGGGCGCUGGCAGCCGUGACUUCAGUCUGGGCGAGGUCUUCGAAGAAAAUCUGCAGAGAGUUGGUCGCAUGGUGGCCCUAUUGGACCACUGGGAUCAACCUGCCUAUCUUUCCAGGAUUUGGACCAUCUUUGAGCAGUACUCUGCCGUGGUCUUGGAGAUUGAGGUGACCUUCAUCUUGCCCCAAGCUGCUGGGGAAAGCCUCCUCCGUGAGAUCCGCAAGGGUGAGGAGGGCAUCCUCACAGUGCGGGAGUCCUUGUGCAACGUGGACGCAGAGACGGCCAGUGCUUGGUGUUUGGAGGACGAGCAACACGUGAAGCGUAUCAUCGAAAAAUCCAUAGGUUUUGAGAAGGUCAAUGAGAAGGUCCAGGAAUUGAUGAUCGCCUGGGUGGCCACAAUGGUGAAGGACUACUUGGGUGGUUUGGUGGUGCUGGGCAGCCGGCGCUUGCAACGCCUUCGGGCUUCUUCCUUGCUGAGCCUAGGAGCCACUGAUUGGACCCACAAGUUGAGCAGUCGUACGGAGGUUUCAGUCGGCACAAUGCAGACGGUCCGAGUCAAACAAACUGACUCAAUUUGGUCACAGUGCAGCCACUGCAUGCAUGAAGAGUCCACGACCAGGGCGCAAUUUUGA